AGAGAAACAAAAAUUUAACAUUGGCUUCUCUGCUUUUUCCCACACUCUCUCCCUUGCUAGGGUUUCAGAGUAGCCGCGCUUCACUCACUUUUCAUUCCUUCAAAAACUCGUUCGUUCGCUCGUUCUAUCGCCGAUUCAACUCGCUUUCUCGCUGUUAAGAUGGCCAUGGAAGUUACACAGAUCCUGUUAAAUGCCCAAGCAGUGGAUGGAGCUGUAAGGAAACAAGCUGAAGACAACUUGAAGCAGUUCCAGGAGCAGAAUCUUCCCAGUUUCUUAUUUUCUCUUGCUGGAGAAUUGGCAAAUGACGAGAAGCCUCCAGAGAGUAGGAGGCUAGCAGGAUUAAUUCUCAAGAAUGCUCUGGAUUCAAAAGAACAACACAAAAAGAUAGAAUUUGUUCAAAGAUGGCUAGCUAUGGAUCAAGCUUAUAAAGCGCAAAUUAAAGCAUUAUUGUUGAGGACAUUGUCUUCUCCAUCUCCUGAUGCUCGAUCAACCGCAUCUCAAGUUGUAGCAAAAGUAGCUGGCAUUGAGUUACCACACAAGCAAUGGCCUGAGUUGAUAGGAUCUCUCUUGUCAACCGUUCAUCAGCUUCCUGCCCCUACCAGGCAAGCAACUCUCGAGACACUUGGAUACAUUUGUGAAGAAGUUUCCCCAGAUGUGGUAGAACAGGAUCAUGUAAAUAAGAUACUCACUGCAGUUGUUCAGGGAAUGAAUUCUUCAGAAGAAAACAAUGAUGUUAGGCUUGCUGCCAUACAGGCAUUGUACAAUGCACUGGGGUUUGCUCAGGCAAAUUUUUCCAAUGAUAUGGAGCGUGACUACAUAAUGAGAAUUGUUUGUGAAGCCACUCUUUCUCCUGAACUGAAGAUCCGUCGUGCAGCUUUUGAAUGCUUGGUUGCUAUUUCUUCUACAUAUUAUGAAAAGUUGGCUCAAUAUAUGCAAGAUAUUUUCACCAUCACUGCCAAAGCUGUGAGGGAAGAUGAAGAGCCUGUUGCACUUCAGGCAAUUGAGUUUUGGAGUUCAAUCUGUGAUGAAGAAAUUGAUAUAAUAGAAGAAUAUGGUGGUGAGUUUAGCGGUGAUUCAGAUGUUCCGUGCUUUUAUUUUAUAAAGCAGGCACUUCCAUUUCUUGUUCCCAUGUUAUUGGAGACACUGCUAAAACAAGAAGAAGAUCAAGAUCAGGACGAAGGGGCUUGGAACAUUGCCAUGGCUGGAGGUACUUGCCUGGGAUUGGUUGCACGAACAGUUGGCGAUGAUAUCGUGCCGCUGGUCAUGCCAUUUAUUGAAGAGAAUAUAACUAAACAAGAUUGGAGGCAUAGGGAAGCUGCAACCUACGCAUUUGGCUCCAUUUUGGAAGGUCCAUCCCCUGAGAAACUUGUGCCACUUGUGAAUAUGGCUUUGAGCUUCAUGCUUAAUGCACUGACGAAGGACCCAAACAAUCAUGUGAAGGACACCACUGCAUGGACUCUUGGGCGAAUGUUUGAGUUUUUGCACGGCUCAACUCUGGACAAUCCCAUCAUCAAUCAAGGAAACUGUCAACAGAUCAUUACUGUGCUCCUUCAGAGUAUGAAAGAUGUUCCAAAUGUUGCUGAGAAGGCCUGUGGUGCUCUUUAUUUCCUCGCCCAAGGUUAUGAGGAUGCUGGAUCUGGGUCCUCUCCAUUGACUCCCUUCUUUCAGGAAAUUGUUCAGUCUCUUCUCACUGUAACUCACAGAGAGGACACCGGAGAGUCCCGCCUCAGAACAGCAGCAUAUGAAGCUCUGAAUGAAGUAGUGAGGUGUUCUAAUGAUGAUACUGCCCCAAUGGUUGCUCAACUGGUUACUGUCAUCAUGAUGGAGCUUCACCAGACUCUUGAGAAUCAGAAGGUCUCAUCUGAUGAUCGGCAGAAUGAGUUACAGGGACUUCUAUGCGGUUGCUUGCAAGUCAUCAUUCAGAAGUUAGGAGCCUCUGAACCAACGAAACAUCAUUUAAUGCAGUAUGCUGAUCAAAUUAUGGGUUUGUUCUUGAGAGUAUUUGCUUCUCGAAGUGCAACAGCUCAUGAAGAGGCAAUGCUUGCCAUUGGUGCCUUGGCCUAUGCGACUGGCACUGAGUUUGUUAAAUACAUGCAAGAAUUUUACAGGUAUAUGGAGAUGGGUCUCCAAAAUUUUGAGGACUACCAGGUUUGUGCUAUCACGGUGGGUGUUGUAGGUGAUGUAUGCAGGGCUUUGGAGGAGAAAGUACUGCCUUAUUGUGAUGGGAUAAUGACCCAACUCCUUAAGGAUUUGUCCAGCAAUCAGUUGCAUAGGUCUGUAAAGCCCCCAAUUUUUUCAUGCUUUGGUGACAUUGCCUUGGCAAUUGGAGAGAACUUUGAAAAGUAUUUGUUAUAUGCUAUGCCUAUGCUCCAGAGUGCUGCGGAGCUCUCUGCCCAUACUAAUGGGGCUGACGAUGAUAUGAUUGAGUACACAAACACUUUAAGAAAUGGAAUCCUCGAGGCAUACUCAGGUAUCUUCCAAGGUUUCAAAGGUUCCCCAAAGACACAGCUCCUGAUGGCUUAUGCUCCACAUGUACUGCAAUUCUUGGACAGUUUGUAUAAUGAGAAGGACAUGGAUGAUGUUGUGACCAAGACAGCGAUUGGUGUGCUUGGAGAUUUAGCUGAUACAUUGGGUAGUGCUGCUGGCCCCUUGAUUCAGCAAUCCAUAUCUAGCAAAGACUUCCUGAAAGAGUGCUUAUCCUCUGAUGAUCCUUUGAUCAAGGAAUCUGCAGAAUGGGCCAAGUUGACACUCAGUCGAGUACUUUGAGGCUGCCGCUGCCUUUUCAUAGGUCCUAGUUCUUGCAUACAUCUGCAUCGUUGCGUCGGGGUCUCAACUGCAUACCAUGAGUCAGGUCAUCACCAUUUUUGGGCACAGGUGUUCCGGUCGUUUGGCUGUCUGCAUUUCUUGUCAGAAAUAUGGAGUCUUUUAUUUUUCUUUUUUACAUUUAUUGUUAUGCAUUGCGAUGGAGGAAGUUGGUCGGUGAUGACCCAUCUUUCUGCUAACUUGGCAGAAAAGAUGCGGUUUCUUGCAUACAGAAGAAGAAACCGGGUGGAAUGGGGGAGAGCAGAAAAUGAGAUAUCCCAUGAUGCCAAUACCGUCAGUAUUGAGCUUGCAUGAGUUAAUAUUUGAUAUAUUUGGAGUCUAUGGUGGUCUAGAAAUGAAUGACAUUGUCUUUUUUUUUUUUUUUUUUUUUUACUUUUACUAUUGGUGUAGAGUGAAACAAUCAUCUUUAGUCCAUCUGUGUGUUUUAAACACAGAUAAUGCAACAUAUUUUAGCCGUCUCUUGAAAUUGGUCAAAUAAUUACGUUUCUGGUAUAAAAUAUUUUGCUUUGAAUUUUGUAUCAAGUGUAUGUUAUGAUAGGUUGGUUUCUGAUAGUAUAUUUAUUGGGCAAAAAUUACAGGGUUAGCUUCAACGCCUCUUGUGGUGGGAGUUGAGAUCCUCUAUCAUAACCCUAGUGGUGUUAUGAGUUUUUACGUUGGUUGUCUAUUUGGUCCGUUACAUUAUUUAAAUUUCGUGGCCAAGACUGUAAGCUGAAGGUUCAAAUCACGUUAAUAACAAUUUCAAUACUGUUAUCCA